AGGAACUUUCAACCAUGACCAUCAUGAGCCAUCAUGUCAUGGCACCCCAGUCGAUUGAACGCAGAGCAUGCUGUUCCUGUCGCUGUUCGGCGCAUCUCUGUUCCUUCUCCUUCGGAUAUCACCGACCUCUUCUUUGCGAGCCUCAAUUGUUGAGCCCCGCUGCGUUCAUGUCCGGCGUAGCCGUCAUUUCCUAGUAUCGUCCAACUCUAAACUUGGUCUGAUUCACUCUCAAUACGCACUUUUACGGCAUCGCGGACAUCAGCAGUAACAGCAACAGCCUCGGAGCUGACAUCGGACAGCCGCUGCGUUGACGACAAGAUCACGCAGUAAUUUGAUACCAAUGCGAAACUGAUCAGCGGCUGCGCUAUAUAUGCAGUCCGGGAAGAUGGGGCUGGACCUCCCUACUUCUGGCUUUGACAGUCGAGUCCCGGCCCUCACAUACUAACGCACGAUGGACAUUCGCUCUCGAGGAACGUUUUUGACUUCGGCUGGUUUCAUCAUCGCCUCGGUGGGGUUUACGCUGAGCGUCCUGUCGACGCUCCUUCGCAUGUUGCUCUUUUUCCACCGCCCGGUCCUGGAUGCGCAGUCUCAUCCGUACCCGAUCCGCAAGCCCAGUGCACGGAGGAAACAUCCGGCGACUGACUCUCGUAGUACGCCGAAAGAUCUCGAAACGACAAUGUCAGGUGCUUCGAAUGGCAGCUCAAGCGAGUCGGGAUCCUCGACUACUCCCGAUGACCAGUCUGGGAAGGGGAAAGACGAGUGUCAGCGGACGACCAGCAAGGCUGCUCGUCGCACUGGCCGACGGCGAUCUGAUUCUACACCCACGUCCCCUGCACCCUGGGCUUCGACCCAUGAUUCUUCCGCCCCUGUCACAAGACGCAAAUCCGUCGACCGAUCUGCAGCCGGCACGGCUCGCAUGAGCGACUCGGGAGCGAGAGCAGAGAAGAAGGUGCGAAGAUCACCCAGCAUGCCCGGUGCUGGCCCCAAAGAACAUGCGGAAGGGCGGAGAUCAACGCCGCCGGCUCGGUCGAAGUCGCAGGUCUUCGCGCCAUUCCUCCCCCGAAGACGCUCGCACAUUGCGAUGGAUACCGCCGCCUCCGAGCACGAGCCGUCGGCAAGGACCUCCAACGAGUCCUCGUCCGACUCGUCACCUCCCCGGCCUGCGCUCGUACCCAAGCGAUCCCAGACCCUUCGGACGCAGCCGUACCAGGCGCCGUACUUCUUCCCGAUGCCCGGAUCUGCUGAAGCGCGUCCGCUACCGAGGAGGAGGAGGACUCUGCCUGUGAAUGAUCUGAGUGCGGAGGGUGCCGAUGCGGUGCCGCCCGUUCCUCCGCUGCCUGCCGCAUAUCUGAGUGUCCCCGGAACGGCCUCUUGACGAGGACGUUUCUUUUCGUUCGAUUUCCCUCUCCUUUUUACGCCUAAUCAAAUCAAUGUACUUGUCUAUGUACGGUAAAUUACACGUCUUGAACUGGUUCCGUUGGCGUGGCG